ACACGUAUGGGAAAUUUCAAACAGUAUAUAUUUUUGUUUGGGAGAAUAAUUAAAGUUGCAGUUCAGUGUGGAUGUAUAGGACAUUGUGCAUUUGAAUAUGUUGGUAACUUAGUUUUGUGUACUGGAAGGUCAAUGGAACCCACAUUACAUCAUAAUGAUGUAGUAUUCUCUGACCAUAUUUCCCCCAAAAUUAGAGGAAUUAGAUAUGGCGACAUUGUGGUUGCUAACUCAGUUACUGAUCCUAAGUUAUUCGUGUGUAAAAGAGUUACCGCCCUAGAAGGUGAUGUGGUGGUUUAUUACAAUAGAUAUGUUUUUGUUCCAACAGGACAUGUUUGGUUAAAAGGCGAUAAUAAAGACAAUUCCAGUGAUUCCAGAGAUUUCGGACCAGUUCCUCUUGCUUUAAUUAGAGGUCGCAUUGUAUGCCGUGUAUGGCCAUUAAGCACUUUCUGUAUGUUUUGGUGAUAUUCAUCUCCUGAAUCAGAAUUAAUAUUUAAGUCUUAAAAAUGAAAUCCAAAGUAACCAUUAUUUUAUUUAUGUUUAAGUUUAUUUGUUCCUUGAACCAAAGUAUCAAAAAUAUAUUUUCUUUAAAAUUUUAAUAAUUUUAAAUUUUAUAGUGUUAAAAAAAAUUUAGUAAAUGUUUACAUAAAUGAAAAAUGUUGCCACC